UAAAUUAGUGGGAAUUAUAAAUACAACUGGCAACUGGUAAUAAAUUACCGACAGGGCUGUUGUAUUCGGUCCUCGACGGUGAGAUUCAGAAUGGCUUCUUUAGCAACAAAAACAACAUUGGGUUGUGUUUACUCCGGCAAUAUUAACCAGUGGUAAAUCCAAAUUGAAAUUGUUGAAUUGGAAGUUUGAACCCUGGGAAUGCUCACUUGGGGAUUCUCAGCCUAGAAGCAACAAGCAACAAGCAGCUUUGGGAUAAGCCUGAACCAGAUUAUUAAGAUUUGCCAAUACGAGUCUUUUCUUCAAAACCUCAUCACAUGAUGUUUAGAGUUAAUGGGCUUCAUUUUGCAAUGGGCGGAUUUGAACCUAGGGUAUGCUCUUACCAGUUUCUGCAGCAAGAAAACCAGUAUCGGCUGAGAAAGCUGUUGAACUUUACCAGCAGACAAGCAAAUAUGAUGGCAUGCAGAGUUCAUGUCAGUUUAACCCACAAGCAAAUGGAGUGUAAUUUUAUGGUACGACAAGGCAAUAUAAGAGAACAUAAGAAGCGUAUGAAGAAUGUGUUAAGCUUUCCAAUGAGGCAGGUGCUUGUGUUUGGCACCGUACCUGACAAACUGUUUAGACCUUCACUCAAAUUCAAUACCUUCUUGCAGUUUAAUGGGUCUACUCUGGGCACUAUUUCUUCUUUGCUGGCAUACGGACUAAUUAUUUCAGAAGUAUUAAAUAGUUUCCAGCUGGUGUCAUCGGGAGUUUAUAUAUUGGCUGGAUAUUGGGUUGGACCAGAUUUUGAAGAUGGCUGGGGCUAUGUUGAAGCUGCUGUUGUUCGUGUCUGUUACCAGUGACGCCUCAUGAGGUUGUGGAAAUGAGUCAAUGUAUGAAGUUAAUGUUAGAGCUUAGUUUUGUAUUACUGAGGUCUAAUGCAAGAAUGCCACAAUGAUAAGAACUAGAAGUGAUGUUUUUGUUUUGCGAUCUUAUAUUUAAAGACAUGAAAAUUCCUAAUAGAUGUUAGUCAAAAUCUGUACCUGAAGCAGUAGCUAAUUCCCAACUAGAAGCAUACAAGACACUAAAUGGUUAAAUAUUGAGGGCAAUUGCUUCGAGUUGGCAUUCAGGACACUCUUUCUUGUUCUGCCAUUUUAGCAUCAUUGGAUUAUAUUUUCUUCUUGGAUUGUAUAUCAUUCAUUCAUAUUAUGCAUUCUGAAUCAGAAAAUUCAGAUGCUUCUUUGCUUAUUUCUAAUAUGGCACUAGUACGAGAGGACUAUUCAAAGUA